AUGACAGCUGACAAAGACAAAGACAAAGACAAAGAGAAGGACCGGGACCGAGAUCGGGACCGGGAGAGAGAGAAGCGAGACAGAGUGCGUGAGAGUGAGAACUCGAGGCCCCGCAGGAGCUGUACCCUGGAAGGAGGAGCCAAAAAUUACGCCGAGAGUGAUCACAGCGAAGACGAGGACAACGACAACAACAGCGCCACCACAGAGGAGUCCACGAAGAAGAACAAAAAGAAGCCCCCGAAGAAAAAGUCUCGUUACGAAAGGACAGACACCGGCGAGAUAACAUCAUACAUCACGGAGGACGAUGUCGUCUAUAGACCAGGAGACUGUGUGUAUAUCGAGAGUCGGAGGCCCAACACACCGUAUUUCAUCUGUAGCAUCCAAGACUUCAAACUGGUCCACAACUCCCAGGCCUGUUGCAGAUCUCCAACUCCUGCUUUGUGUGACCCCCCAGCAUGCUCUCUGCCGGUGGCAUCACAGCCACCACAGCAUCUUUCUGAAGCCGGGCGAGGGCCUGUAGGGAGUAAGAGGGACCAUCUACUCAUGAACGUCAAAUGGUACUACCGUCAGUCUGAAGUCCCAGAUUCUGUGUACCAGCAUUUGGUUCAGGAUCGACAUAAUGAAAAUGAUUCUGGAAGAGAGCUUGUCAUAACAGACCCAGUUAUCAAGAACCGAGAGCUCUUCAUUUCCGAUUAUGUUGACACUUACCACGCUGCCGCCCUAAGAGGGAAGUGUAACAUCUCCCAUUUUUCUGACAUAUUUGCUGCUAGAGAGUUUAAAGCCCGAGUGGAUUCAUUCUUCUACAUACUAGGCUACAACCCAGAGACAAGGAGGCUGAACAGUACCCAGGGCGAAAUUCGUGUUGGUCCUAGCCAUCAGGCCAAACUGCCCGACUUGCAACCAUUCCCUUCUCCCGAUGGAGACACUGUGACCCAGCAUGAGGAACUGGUCUGGAUGCCUGGUGUUAAUGACUGUGACCUCCUUAUGUACUUGAGGGCAGCAAGGAGCAUGGCAGCCUUCGCCGGAAUGUGUGACGGAGGCUCCACGGAAGAUGGCUGUGUGGCGGCCUCGCGGGAUGACACCACCCUCAACGCGCUGAAUACGCUCCAUGAAAGCGGCUAUGAUGCUGGCAAAGCUCUGCAGCGGCUGGUGAAGAAGCCUGUGCCCAAGCUGAUUGAGAAGAGCUGGACCGAGGAUGAAGUGAAACGCUUCGUUAAGGGGCUUAGGCAGUACGGCAAGAACUUCUUCAGAAUUAGAAAGGAGCUGCUUCCCAAUAAGGAAACAGGAGAACUGAUCACCUUCUAUUACUACUGGAAGAAAACCCCAGAAGCAGCCAGCUCCCGGGCCCACCGCAGGCACCGUAGGCAGGCCGUGUUCCGGAGGAUCAAGACCCGCACUGCGUCCACGCCCGUCAACACGCCCUCCAGACCCCCGUCCAGUGAAUUCUUGGACCUGAGUUCCGCCAGCGAGGAUGACUUCGACAGCGAGGACAGUGAGCAGGAGCUGAAGGGCUACGCCUGCCGCCACUGCUUCACCACCACCUCCAAGGACUGGCACCACGGGGGCCGGGAGAACAUCCUGCUGUGCACCGACUGCCGCAUCCACUUCAAGAAGUACGGCGAGCUGCCCCCCAUUGAGAAGCCUGUGGACCCCCCACCCUUUAUGUUCAAGCCCGUCAAAGAGGAAGACGAUGGGCUCAGCGGGAAGCAUAGCAUGAGGACACGGCGGAGUCGUGGCUCGAUGUCUACACUGCGCAGUGGUCGGAAGAAGCAGCCAGCCAGCCCUGAUGGUCGUGCCUCGCCCAUCAAUGAAGACAUCCGCUCCAGUGGCCGGAACUCUCCCAGCGCGGCCAGCACCUCCAGCAACGAUAGUAAAUCAGAGACAGUGAAGAAGUCGGCCAAGAAGGUAAAGGAGGAAGCCACGUCCCCUCUUAAGAGCACCAAGCGCCAGCGGGAGAAGGGGACCUCGGAUACAGAAGAGGCCGACAGGACUAGCUCCAAGAAGACAAAAACCCAGGAGAUCAGUCGGCCCAACUCGCCAUCUGAAGGCGAGGGGGAGAGCUCGGACAGCCGCAGUGUCAACGAUGAGGGUAGCAGUGACCCCAAAGACAUCGACCAGGACAAUCGCAGCACGUCCCCCAGCAUUCCCAGCCCUCAGGACAACGAGAGUGACUCGGACUCCUCAGCCCAGCAGACGACGCAGCCCUCUGCCCUGCAGGCUCCUGGAGGGGCUGCCCCAGCCCCCUCCUCUGCCCUGCCAGGGACUGCCCAGCUGCCCACCCCAGGGCCCACGCCUGCCCCCGCCGCCCCCUCACAGGGCUCCCCCUCGGCCUCCCAGCCCCCCACGCAGCCACAGGCCCCCUCAGCUGCUGCUCCCCAUGCCCACAUCCAGCAGGCGCCUGCUCUCCACCCACAGCGGCUGGCCUCACCACACCCCCCGCUGCAGCCGCUGACAGGUCCGGCUGGCCAGACCACAGGCCCGCCCCACACCCAGCCCCCCCUGCACAGUCAGGGCCCGCCCGGCCCUCAUGGCCUCCAGGCUGGGUCCCUACUGCAGCACCCGGGGCCCCCACAGCCCUUUGGCCUCCCUCCCCAGGUGUCACAGGCAGCAGCCCACCCUCACACCUCCCUGCAGCCCCCUGCCCCUCAGUCGGCCUUGCAGCCCCAGCAGCCCCCCCGGGAGCAGCCCCUGCCCCCAGCACCCCUGGCCAUGCCCCACAUCAAGCCCCCGCCCACCACGCCCAUCCCCCAGCUGCCAGCGCCCCAGGCCCACAAGCACCCGCCUCACCUCUCGGGGCCCUCGCCCUUCUCCAUGAAUGCCAACCUCCCGCCCCCUCCUGCCCUGAAGCCCCUGAGCUCUCUGUCCACUCACCACCCGCCCUCCGCCCACCCCCCGCCCCUGCAGCUCAUGCCACAGAGCCAGCCGCUGCCCUCGUCCCCUGCACAGCCCCCUGUGCUGACCCAGAGCCAGGGCCUGCCCCCCGCUGCCGCCUCCCACCCGGCCGCGGGCCUCCACCAGGUGCCCCCUCAGCCCCCGUUUGCUCAACACCCCUUUGUCACUGGGGGCCCUCCUCCCAUCACCCCUCCGACUUGCCCCCCCACCUCUACUCCUCCGGCGGGAUCCGGCCCCUCGGCCCAGCCGCCCUGUUCGGCUGCCGUUUCUUCGGGAGGCAGCGUACCUGGGGGGGCAGCCUGCCCACUCCCCGCUGUCCAGAUCAAGGAAGAGGCUCUGGACGAUGCUGAGGAGCCCGAGAGCCCCCCUCCCCCGCCUCGGAGCCCGUCCCCUGAGCCCACUGUGGUGGACACCCCCAGCCAUGCCAGCCAGUCCGCCAGGUUCUACAAGCACCUGGACCGGGGUUACAACUCGUGUGCACGGACCGACCUGUACUUCAUGCCUCUGGCGGGAUCCAAACUGGCCAAGAAGAGGGAGGAGGCCAUCGAGAAGGCCAAGCGGGAGGCUGAGCAGAAGGCGCGAGAGGAGCGGGAGCGGGAGAAGGAGAAGGAGAAGGAGCGAGAACGCGAGCGGGAACGGGAGCGAGAGGCCGAGCGAGCGGCCAAGGCGUCCAGCUCAGCACAUGAAGGCCGCCUCAGCGACCCCCAGCUUGGCGGUCCUGGCCACAUGCGGCCAUCCUUUGAACCCCCGCCCACCACCAUCGCUGCCGUGCCCCCCUACAUUGGGCCUGACACGCCAGCCCUCCGGACUCUGAGCGAGUACGCCCGGCCCCACGUCAUGUCACCCACCAACCGCAACCACCCCUUCUAUGUGCCCCUCAACCCCACCGACCCACUGCUGGCCUACCACAUGCCUGGCCUCUACAACGUCGACCCCACCAUCCGGGAGCGGGAGCUGCGGGAGCGUGAGAUCCGAGAGCGGGAGCUCCGGGAGCGGGAGCUGCGGGAGCGGAUGAAGCCGGGCUUCGAGGUGAAGCCCCCGGAGCUGGACCCCCUGCACCCAGCCGCCAACCCCAUGGAGCACUUCGCCCGGCACGGUGCCCUCACCAUCCCCCCUGCCGCCGGCCCCCACCCUUUUGCGUCUUUCCAUCCCGGCCUGAACCCCCUGGAGAGGGAGAGACUGGCCCUGGCCGGGCCCCAGCUGCGGCCCGAGAUGAGCUACCCGGACAGACUGGCGGCCGAGCGCAUCCACGCCGAGCGCAUGGCCUCGCUGACCAGCGACCCCCUGGCCCGGCUGCAGAUGUUCAACGUGACCCCGCACCACCACCAGCACUCCCACAUCCACUCACACCUGCACCUCCACCAGCAGGACCCCCUCCACCAAGGUUCAGCAGGCCCUGUUCACCCGCUGGUCGACCCCCUGACGGCUGGCCCUCACCUGGCGCGCUUUCCCUACCCCCCUGGCACUCUCCCCAACCCUCUGCUUGGACAGCCCCCCCAUGAGCACGAGAUGCUCCGUCACCCAGUUUUUGGCACCCCCUACCCCCGAGACCUGCCUGGAGCCAUCCCACCUCCCAUGUCGGCGGCCCACCAGCUGCAGGCCAUGCACGCCCAGUCGGCCGAGCUGCAGAGGCUGGCCAUGGAGCAGCAGUGGCUGCACGGACACCCCCACAUGCAUGGCGGCCACCUGCCCAGUCAGGAGGACUACUACAGUCGACUGAAGAAAGAAGGUGACAAGCAGUUAUAA